CGGAAGCGACUUUUCAAACAAAGAAUGACUUGACAUAAUUUUUCUGAUGUUGCUGAUGACAGGAGGAAAACAACAAGCAGCUGUCCAUGUAAAACCACUUUUGUCUACUACUAAAUAUAUUCAACAGGACCUCGCUUUUUGGUGACUAUACAGUGAAAACGGGAUGUAGCCAGUAAGAUGGAGUAUGAUGAGAGACUUGCACUUUUUCGUCAAACACACCUCAACCCCUUUGAUCGUGGAGAGGAGGAAGAUCAUCUUGAAGGAGGCAAAACGCCCCCACAAUAUGAAGCAAAACCUGAAUUAUUUUCUGGGCCCAAAACCCACAAUUCAGAUCGCACCAUGGAUCUCGGUCUAGCUGAGGACCAUUUCUCAAGACCUGUGGGAUCCUUUGUGGCAUCAGACAUCGAACAGCUGAAACAGGCAAUAGGGGAGUGUAAAAAGCUGAUCCUGGAGCUGCCAGAACACUCGGAGAGACAAAAGGACACUGUGGUGAAGCUGAUCCACCUUCGGCUCAAAUUACAGGAACUUAAGGACCCAGAGGAGGAUGAGCCUAAUCUAAGAGUCAUACUGGAGCAUCGUUUCUCAAAAGAGAAGAGCAAGAGUGUGAAACAGACUUGUGACAAGUGUAGUGCCAUCAUAUGGGGUCUAAUUCAGACCUGGUAUACCUGCACAGGAUGCUAUUAUCGUUGCCAUAGUAAGUGUAUGAACCUGAUCACAAAACCGUGCGUCAGGUCAAAGGUGAGCCACCAGUCAGAGUACGAACUUAGCAUCUGCCCAGAAAUCGGACUCGAUCGUCAAGAUUACCGCUGUGCUGAGUGUCGGACGCCCAUUUCACUGAGAGGUGUACCAACUGAAGCCAGACAGUGCGACUACACAGGCCAGUACUACUGCAGCACGUGCCACUGGAACGACACCGCCAUUGUCCCAGCCCGGGUCAUCCACAACUGGGAGUUUGAACCACGCAAGGUUUGUCGUUCCUCGUUGCGAUAUUUGGCGCUCAUGAUGUCACGUCCGGUGCUGAAGCUGAAGGAAAUCAACCCGCUGCUGUUCAACUUUGUGGAGGAACUGGUUGAGAUCAAGAAACUUCGUCAAGAUAUUCUGUUGAUGAAACCCUACUUUUUAACUUGCAAGGAAGCGAUGGAAGCUCGGCUACUACUUCAACUACAAGAUCGACAGCACUUUGUUGAAAACGACGACAUGUACUCACUGCAGGACCUGAUUGACAUCUCCAGCGGCCGACUCAGCUGCUCUCUCACUGAGAUCCACACGAUAUUUGCUAAACACAUCAAACUCGACUGUGAGCGUUGUCAGGCCAAAGGGUUUGUCUGCGAGCUUUGUAAGGAGGGCGACAUCUUGUUUCCUUUUGACAGUCACACCUCUGUGUGCCAGGACUGCUCUGCUGUAUUUCACAGAGAUUGUUACUAUGACAACUCCACAACGUGUCCACGAUGUGCCAGAAUGACUGAGCGAAAACAGGAUGAUGAGCCGUAUGAGAAGGGAGCAGAACACCAGAAAUGAAGACCUGAUUUUUAACCAGAUGUUGCUCACCUCUGGUCCAGGAAGUUUGAUCCAACUUUAAACGAGCUUCUCAUAAUAGUCUUAAAUGUUCUGCAUUGAUGUUUCAGUAUUUUAUCUCUUUGCCAGUGCACUAUGUUACAAAGCAGGGAACUUACAGAAUCCUCUGGAAUUAAAUAAAUUUCUAUAGCAAUCUUUUAAGUUUAGGAUGUUCUGAACACUGCGUGCAUGUGUGGGAGGUGAGAGAGUGCGCUAGACUAUUUUUAUGUUUGCUUGAAUAAAAUUUCAGUUUAACCUCUAAAGAAGAUUUCUGUAUCGGAGAUGACACAAGCGCUAACUUUGUGCGCUAACUUUGAGACAAAUCUCUACUGAUAUUUGGCCAAAUUAGCAGGCUGAUAAACUUGAAAGGCGUGUUGUUAUAAUGUUUCCAGCUCUCAAUUAAAAACCAAUCAAAUUAUGAUUUUCAUAUAAAACUGAAGUAUUUUCCCUUAAAUUUUCAGUUUUUUUUGUAUAAAGUUGAUGUAACAAACGUGAUGUAAUUCUUAAAUAUGCUAAUCUGUGAACAUUUCAGCAUAUUUAUAUAUAUUUAUUUCCCUCUUGAAUUUACUUGCUGAUUUGAAUAAUGAUUCAUUAAUCUGUUUUAAGAUUUUCUGAAGUCUUAUGUAAUUACAGGCCUUUCUGUAAUAAUUACUGUCAGCUUUCCAUUUGCAACAUCAUGUUGGCAUGUUACGACUUUUUCUAUUUUUCCAUUAUCUCAGAUAACUAGAAAAAUAAAUAAUGGCUUCAAAUCAAUGUAUAAACAUCACAUACUGGAACCAUAUUUAAUCAGCAUGUAUCUUCAGUUUCAAUAAAAAAUGGUGUUAUUUGUACUUUCCAGCUAUUUAAAACUGUGAACUCACCUGUACCUUUGCCUGCAUUUAGUCCUUUUUCUGUUCAGUGCAGUGUAGCAGAUCAAUCUGGGUUCUCAUGAACUUUCUGUGCCUGAGUUCAAGUUAAAAAGUCCAAAUAAUCCCACAGUACUGAGAACACAUUGUGUCUAAUGAUAAUAAGUGUAUUAAGUGGACAUUAUUUGUUUUAAAAUAAUAUGUGGCUGUGUUGUUUUUCAGCGGCAUGAUGAACUGUAUGUUGUGACGGACCUACAUGAUGUUUGGUAAAAAGCAAAGUCGUGUUUACCAGUGCGUGAAUAAAGUUACUGAAUUAAUUUUAUCUGAAUUGUUAUAACAACAAUAAUAAUGCUAUUGUAACGCAAAGGAGCCUGAAGAAUGAUGGAGUUUUGACCUCAUGAUUGCAGGUGUUAUUUUUUAUAUGUAGCCAUGGACGAAAGACAGCUAGGAUAUCUUAUACAGUUGCCCCAUUGUGAAUUUUCUAUUAAAUUUCUUACCAAGCUC